AACAAAUAAAAAUAGACUAACGAACGAACUUCUUGGCCAUCCAUCUCCCUCUUCAUUUUCUUGCACUUGCGCUUUUGUUAGUUUUCAUUUCAUUUUAUUUUAUUUUAUUAUUUUUUGUGUCUCUUUUUUAUAUUUAAUUUAAAUUAAAUAUUCCUUAUUCAGCCUGUGGCUUUCCCUGACUUUUCUCCUGCCGCCCACCCCCCAACCACUAUUUCUCUCUCUUCCCUUUAUUUCCUUCUCGAAAAUAUUAAACAUUUUGCAGAAUCCCACUUUUUCAUUUUUCCAGUUUACUUGUAUCUCUAAAAGGCUCCUUGUUAUUUUAACUAAUCAAAUACUAUCUAGUUUCUUCCUUCAUGAACCAAUGAAUUCCAAACAAUACCGAAUACGUCAAAACUUUUCAGACGAAGAAGAAGGAAUGGAAAUGGAAAUAGAACUAGAAAUAGACCCAUUAUUGUAGCAUUGGCCAUACCAGAAAUAGCAGCUAUUGGUCCAAAUACCUUGGGUCUCAACCAUCAUUAUUCAAUAUUCAUCACUACGACUCGUUGUUAAGUCCUUGACCGUUGAGUGAAAAUUUGCUUGUUUGAAAGAGGCAGAAAUGUGGAGGAGAAAAUGCGGUUUUCUUCUGAAUCAAAGUUUGAGUACGACGGUCGUCGGCCAUGGCUUUCAACUCACAAACCCCAGCGUCGUUCAUUCGCCGUCUCUGUUGCAUCCGAGCCGCUUAAUGGGGCGGCCCAAGGCUUUCGCGGGCCAGGAAUGCGGAAUCACGACGAGAAGCUCUUGUUUUAUCACAUUGUUGUCCGUUGGAUUGAUCAAGCGGUUCUCAUCGUCGUGGUCCACUUCGUCUUCACCUUUGCCGUCGGAUUCGAACUCGAAAUCCAACGACAGUGAUGAGGCCAGGCCGAUCGGCAAGGCGGAAGCGAAGCGUUUGGUGAACGUGGAGGAUCUAAAAGCCAAGCUUGAAGCGGAAAUGAAAGAGGUGAUUUCGUACCACGAGCUUUUUGAGGCCUGCGAAAGUAUUCGCAUCGCCAGAUCUUCUGAUGAGGCGGAGGCGAUAUCGUUAUGGGAGGCGAAGAGAUUGAUGAGACUGGUGGAUGUGGAGCUUCUUUUUUCGAAGCUUGGAGCGGAAGGGGAAGAGGUGAUUUCGUACGACGAGUUGGUCGAGGCCUGCAAGAGCAUCGGCAUCGCCAGAUCUUCCGGUGAGGCGGCGGCGUUCGUUAGAAUCCUUGACGAAGCCGGCCGCGUCUUUCUCUUCCGCUACAAGGUCUAUCUUAAUCCAGAUAAGGUAGUGGAUUGCAUUAGAAGAGCAGAUCCUCUUGAUUUGACGCUUGAAGAUGACUCUGGAAAAGAAGAGCUAAAGAGACUGCAAGAAAAGAAGGAAGAGAUCGAUGUGCUAGCGCAUAAACAGGUCCGACGCGUUCUCGUAUCUGGCAUGGUGCUAGCUUUAUUGCAGGUAGGACUCUUCUUUAGGCUUACAUUUUGGGAAUUCUCAUGGGAUGUUAUGGAACCCGUUGCAUUUUUCACCACGAUGGUCAGUUUAGUCAUAGGUUACGGCUACUUUCUGAUGACUUCAAGAGACCCAACUUACCAAGACUUGAUGAAGAGACUCUUCCUCAAUAGGCAAAGAAAGUUGCUGAAGAAGUAUAAUUUUGACUGUGCGAAAUUUAAAGAGUUACAGAGAAGAUUGAAGAUACCUCACGAUGCUACCGCCUCAAUCAAGAAUCGGUUUGGUUUAGAACUCGACCUCGAGGACGCCUUACACAAAGAGUAACAAGUUUAGUUUGGGAAGGGGUUUAAUACUUUUAACAAUUUUUGGGACAUUUACGCGUUGGUAACAAUGUUACAAAAAGUUUUAAUUAAGGGAGAUGGGAAUAAACCUAGAACAAAAGUCGUGACUCA